AUGGUCGAGAGCGACGAAGAGACACGGGGAGCGCCCAAAUGUUUUUCGUCGGUUUUGGCUCACAUAGGUCUUCUUUCUCUUUCUCGUCUGGCUGUCUUCUCUCUCCUUGUUCUCGCUGCUUCGCGCCUCCUCCUUCUCGCUCUCUCCCGUGUCAAAACCGGGUCUCUUGCCGCCUGCUACUCGUCCAGCAGCUGCGUGUGCUCUGCGGGGUGCUUCUCUUUUUCUUUUUCUCGUCGGUUUUCUCUCUUUCGGUCCGUUCUGUCUCGCGCCUCCGGUGUCUCUCCAGUCCUUCUCUCUCCCGCGUUUCCCCUCCCCUCCUCCGUCUCCAGCUCUCGCGCGCGCUUUCUCUGCACCCUCCUCCUUGUGCUGUCUCCUCACGGUUUACACUCGCUUUCGCCUCUCCCCUUUUCCGGCCUCACAGCCGUUCUCCUGUUCUCUAAACCACAGGCAAAACUACCUGCCUUCUUUCUCUGCAAAAUGAACUCCGGGGGAAAGUACAUCCCGCCGAGCAUGCGCGGCGCUGCGCAGGCGACCCAGGCGCCUCCGGGCGCCUCCGCCUCGGCUCCCGGUCCGGCCUCACCCUACGGCGCCGCAGGUCCUGCGCUCUCGGCUUCGCCAGUCUCCUCGCAGCCAGGAGUCUCUCCAGACGAAGUCUCCCCCCAGGGUGUGAGCCCCCACCAACGGCGAACCGCCGCGCAGGUCCUCGCAGGCGUCUCCGCAGGCGCCCGCCGCGCGAAGGCUUCGUAUCCGCUGCGCGUUGUCGAAGUCGACAGCCUCGUCCUCAUGAAGGUCCUCAAGCACUGCAAGGAGAACUAUCCGACACCCGUGAACGGACAACUCCUCGGAAUCGACUGCAGAGACAGACUCGAAGUCACCAACUGCUUCCCUCUCCCCCAGAAAAAGGACAUCAUGGCGCAAGUGCAGCGCGAGAAGGGCAUCAGCGAGAAGGACCUGGAAGAGCGGAUCGACGAGGAAUUCGACAAGUAUCAAGACAAGAUGGCGGAGCUUAUGCAUGAUGUGAACGUGGAUUGCUUCACUGUCGGCUGGUAUCAGACGCUGUCGUUCGGAGAUCUGAAGAACAAAGACAUCAUCGACUCGCUGGUGCUCUACCAGGAGGCCAUCGACAAGGCGAUUGUGCUCGGCUUCGACCCGAUGCUCAACUCGAUGGCGAAGAAGGCGUUCAAAGCCUACCGCGUAAAUCCCGAGUUCGUACAAAAGUACCAUGAGUUCGAGCAGGACGUCUCCAAGUACAGCAAACUGCGCGCGAAGGACAUCCUCAUCGAGGUGCCCCUCGUCGUCGUGAAUCCGUUCCUAGUUGAGGCCUUCCUGAUGGACUGGGCGGUGCACGAUCCUCUGCAAAACCAAGCGGACUUCGACAGCUUGGAGCUCGACCAGAGCGUGUACAUGGAGAAGAACUUGUCGAUGCUGUCCCUGUCGCUCGAGGCCCUGGGAGACGAGCAAGACAAGCUGCAGCGGUACCAGCGUGAGUCGCUGAAGCAGCAGCAGCUGCAGAAACAACUCCUCGAGCGCCGCCGCCUGGAGAACGACCAGAGGCGUCUCCGAGGCGAGCCGCUUCUCCCUGCGGACUUGGACGGUCCUGCGUUCCGGAAGAUCGACCCGCCUUCCCAGUUGAACACGCUGAUGAUGAGCAGCCAGGCGCAGCUCCAGUGCGAAGAGAUCAACGCUGCAUGCAGCGAGACCCUCGGAAAGAUGUUCCUCCUUCACUGGGGAAAUCUGCGAAAGAAGCAGACGCCCGCUGGCCUCAGCGCCGCCGUCGCCGCAGCCGCCGCCGACGCGAAAUGAGAGCUGGAGAGAGAGAGAGCAUGUGGCGAUUCAGGCAGCGCGUCGAGCUCGAAUCAGCGUUUGACGGCGCAGUCUUGGAGUGUCUGUCAAAGGCCGCGUGGAAACGCCACAGAAGCGGCGAGGAACGCGCGUUCGAGACGACGCCAGGCACUCGCGGAGGAACAGACAGGGAGGACCGGCGGGCGAGGUGUAGAGACACUGGAGCAAACGCGGGAGAAACGGCCGUAGUUCCGCGUCGGUUCACCUGCAGAAAAGGGUGCGAGUUCUGUUCAGAGGAGAGGGCGCGUUAUGCAUGCUCACUUGGCCUCAGACUGACUUGGUUUCCGUGGAACGAGUUCUCCCAAACAGACUUCGCGCGCGCCGUGGAAUGAAGUCCGUGCGGCUCGUGGGUCGAGUGAAGCGCCCGGUGUACGUACACCUGAACUCGCAGCGCGCAGUUCCGCGCAUCGAGGAUUCGCCGG